CGUGAUAGCGUCACAUAGCACAUACGUACCUUAAAUACUGCUAUAAUUCGUAAUAUCGUUUGACGUAAAUCGUGUUGGAAUCAAAUAGGUUGUAAUUGUUCCUCGAUUUUAGUUUGUAAUAUAUUAUGGGUUGCGAUGGUGGAACUAUUCCCCGUAGAGAUGAACUCGUAAGAGUUAAGAAGAAACCAGAACAGAAAGACAAAGAAGCAGAAUUAGCAUUCAAGUGGAGACACUGUACAAUAAAACAGUUACCAUUACAACCACCAGUAGUUGGUUGUGCUUUAGGUCGUCUUUAUAGUAAAGAAUCUGUAUUGGAAGGCCUUCUUGAUCGAAGUACACUUCCAGAAUCAGCACAACAUAUUAAAACCUUAAAAGAUGUGAAAAAUUUAAAUUUAACAUCAAAUCCAGCAUUUGAAGGUAAUAAAGCUAAGAAAGGAGACUGUUAUACAGAUGAAGGAAAAAGUCCUUAUAUUUGUCCAAUUAUUGGAUUAGAGAUGAAUGGUAAAUAUAAAUUCUGCUUUUUAUGGUCAUGUGGUUGUGUAAUGAGUGAAAGAGCACUUAAAGAAGUCAAAAGUAAAAUAUGUCAUCAAUGCCAACAACCUUUUACUGAAACAGAUAUGGUUAUUAUAAAUGCAGAAGGGGAUGAUCUUAAACAAAUGGAAAAAAACAUGAUAGUUCGAAAGGCAGUUCAAAAAAAAUCUAAGAAGCAGAAACAUAAUGAAGACACUCAAACACAAGACAUUAAGCAAGAUGAAGCACCAAAGAAAAAAAUGAAGAAGGAGGAUAAAACUUCUGCUAUGAAGAUUAAUAGCAAUAGAACAGAAGCUGAAGAUCCAGCAUAUAAAAAAGUUAAAGAUAAUUAUAGUGUUGCUAAAGAUCCCAAAGCAUCAGAAGUUUUCAAAAGUAUCUUCACUACUCAUAAAUCUGCAGCAGAACAAGAUAGGGCACACUGGAUUACAUACAAUCCAUUUUACAAUUAA